AUGGCUCCCAGAACAAGAUCACAGACGCGCAGAGCCGGGUCUAUGUACAGUGUGUUGGAUGUCGAAGGACAAAGCUCAGCAGAUAACUCACCCCAAGACUCAUCGUCUCCAACCAAAAGAUCAAAGUCUGCCUCGAAGACGAGGAAAUCUUCCAAGCGCAAAGCUGGGGAUCCAACGGACGAUGAAUCAGAUGAGCCUAAACUCAAGCGAGGACGGUCAUCGGUUGAGAAAGGCUCCAGCCCGAAGAACCAGAAUGGAGGGCCACCAGAAGACGAAAAAGAACUGGCGCCAGAAGACACGAGUCUAUGCACCAUGAAAGCUACCAAAGACAGGAACACCUUUCGCGGAGGAAAUGUCAUAAGUCUUCCCAUGCAUCAACCCAACAUGAAUCCAAAGCUCUCAGCAUCGGAUAAAUUUCUCAGUCGAAGCUACUACGGUGGAGUUUAUUCGAAGAGUCGCAUGGCCGUCGUCUUGUAUAGAUUCGUAAAUCGAAUGAUGGUGUUGCCGAUGUACAGUUGGGAUGGGGAUGGGAUCACGUCUCAAGCGAAAUAUACUCACGUCGACUAUGUUGAGGUCUGGAAUGAAACGGAGCGCAGAAGAUACACGAAAGAGGGAGUGCAUGAUGUUAUUGGGGUAACGAUGACUUAUAAGCCUCUCAGAAAGAGAGGUUGUUUGAGUUUAGCAGGUGCUUUUAGUGUGGACUACAGGGAGAAUAUUGAUCUUGUCGGGGAUAUGCCCGCGACUGAGCGUAAAAAACUGUGUCGGCUCAUGGAACGCCGCAUGGCCACGGUCGCCAAAGAUGACCCAAAUAAUUAG